AUGGAUGAGAAGGAGGUCUCCGCGGUCAUUGUGCUCCGGCGCGGAAGUGAGGUCCGCGCGCAGGGCACAGGGGGCGCUGGAACCUCGGCCCGGCCUCCCCCGGGGAGCUGCCGGGCGGACGCGCCACUCUCCCACUCAUGGAGUGGGGCCCGGGCCGUGCGGGGCCGGGGCGCCCAGCUCACCGAGGCGCCCGGAGAGCUGGUAGCACUGGGGACCCUCCGGCGCGCCCCAAUGACUCCCCCACCCCUAAUCGCUUUCCACCGCGGUCCUGCGUGGGCUGUCCCCCCGGAGAUGAGAAACGACACUUCCUAUCUCGUGGUGCGCUGGGCGCGCACGAACCCUCCGAGGCGCGGAAGAGGGAGGCUGGCGGAAAGCCUCCUGAAGGAGGCGGCCCCGGAGCUAGACGUGAAGGGCGCCCUGGGGCCACCCACCAGCUGGCUAUGCGCGCUGGCCAGCGCCCUCGCCUGCGCUCUCAGCCCCGCGGAUGGCCAGGUGGCGGGGCUGCAGCGGGAGGAGUGCAUCUUCCUGCAGGAGAUCGAGCUGGACCACCAGCAGUGCCUCCUGGAGGCCCAGGUGGAGAACGCAACAGCAGGCUGUGGCAAGAUGUGGGACAACCUCACCUGCUGGCCGGCCACCCCGCUCGGCCAGGUGGUCGUCAUGGGCUGCCCCCCCAUCUUCACGCUCUUUUCCUCCAGUCAAGGCCUCAACGUGAGUCGCAACUGCACAGAAGGGGGCUGGACACAACUGGAGCCCGACUCCUACCUUGGCGCCUGUGGCUUCAAUGACAACGCCGCGUUCAGCCUGCACCAGCAGCAGCAGGCGGCGUUCUACAGCGCUGUGAAGACCGGCUACACCAUCGGCUAUAGCCUGUCCCUGGCAGCCCUUCUGGUGGCGAUGGCUAUCUUGAGCUUGUUCAGGAAGCUGCACUGCACGCGGAACUACAUCCACAUGCACCUCUUCACCUCCUUCAUCCUGAGGGCGGCCGCCGUCUUCAUCAAAGACUUGGCCCUCUUCCACAGCGGGGAGUCGGACCGCUGCACUGAUGGCUCGGUGGGCUGUAAGGCAGCGGUGGUUUUGUUCCAGUAUUGUGUCAUGGCCAACUUCUUCUGGCUGCUGGUGGAGGGACUCUACCUGCACACCCUGCUCGCCGUCUCCUUCUUCUCUGAGCGGAAGUACUUCUGGGGGUACAUAGUCAUCGGCUGGGGGGUCCCCAGCACCUUCAUCAUGGUAUGGACCAUCGUCAGGAUCUACUUUGAGGAUUAUGGGUGCUGGGACACCAUCAACUCCUCCCUGUGGUGGAUUAUCAAGGCCCCCAUCCUCACCUCCAUCUUGGUGAACUUCGUCUUGUUCAUUUGCAUCAUCCGAAUCCUGGUUCAGAAACUGCGGCCCCCAGAAGUCGGCAAGAAAGACAGCUGCCCCUACUCGAGGCUGGCCAAGUCCACGCUCCUGCUGAUCCCCCUGUUUGGCGUCCACUACAUCAUGUUUGCCUUCUUCCCCGACAACUUUAAGGCCGACGUGAAAUUGGUCUUCGAGCUCGUCGUGGGCUCUUUCCAGGGCUUUCUUGUGGCCAUCCUCUACUGCUUCCUCAAUGGUGAGGUGCAGGCUGAACUUCGACGGAAGUGGCGGCGCUGGCACCUCCAGGGCUUUGGAGGCCGCAACUCCAAAUUCCAGCACCCUUCGGGAGGUAGCAACGGUGCCACCUGCAGCACCCAGGUCUCCAUGCUGACUCGCGUCAGCCCAGGUGCACGCCGCUCCUCCAGCUUCCAGGCCGAGGUCUCUCUGCUCUGACCCCGUUGGCCGGUGCAGGGUGGCCCUCCCCCUCUUCCAGCCACUCCUCUAGGUGGCAAUGGGGACUGAGGUCUGCCCAGGAGCUGCCGGACUCAGCUCUGAGCUCAGAGGCAGUCCUGGUGUCCCACUUUGUUGGUGCGCCCAGCUGGUGGGAAGGUGCAACGUUGGAUCCUGCGCCAAGGCAGGGGAUCCGUGUACCUUAUCCUGGUCCCGGGUGUCUCUCCUGACCAAAGGGUGGAAGGCAGCAUCCCAUCAUGGGACCAUGCUGGGGUGAGCUGAGAGGGUGGAGAAAGGCCUUGCCCAGAAAAACCAACAGCCACUGCCGCCCCUGCCUCCACCUUGCUUCCGAAGUGCUUGAAAUUCCACCAGUGCUGCCCCAGCCUUGCUUUGAGAUAAGCACUGCCAUCGGAUACAUCCCUCUGAAGCUGCACUCCACCCCACCCCACCCCACCCAUAACACACACUCAGCUCUGAGCUGCUGGGUAGUCAGGUGAGGCCGUCAGUCGCUGCCUCAGGCAGUUGCAGGUAUGAGCUGAUCAACAGGUGAGUGAGGAGUGAGUCAGUCAGUCAGUCAGUCAAUCAGUCGCUGCUGGCUCUCAAGCAGUUUAGGUAUAAGAGGUGAUAGAUAGGUAGAUGAGUGAGUGAGUAAAUGAGUCACUGGCUCAGGCAGUAGCAAGUGUGAGGUGGAACCAGAGUUCUCUAUGGGCAGGUGCACAGCCACCUCUGUAGUCCCCUCUGAAACAGGGCUGGGGGUCCCAGACUGGCUGUGGUGGGAACCAAGCACUCGGAGAACCUUGAUUAUGAGGAGAUGGCUGCCAAGGCAUGCCAGCGGGGGCCCCAAAAUAAGCCAACACCCCCACCCCUCCCCCAAGCCUCAUGGUCCCACAUGUGGCCGAGAGGAGGUAGUUCCAGUCUUUGAUCCAACAACGCAGCUGGCAGCUGCUGGGGGUCCCCGAAACGGUCAAGGAUGCUCAGUCCAAAGGCCCCAAUCGUUCUUGCAGAGAAGGUGCCCACGAUGGGGUGCAAGAUGGACGUGUCAUGGGGACCACGCAGGUAGGUAGAGGAGGGUGCAGGUGCCAGGGAGAUGAAGGAGGAAGCAGAGGCAGUCUGGCUAAGAGGAAGGCUGAGAAACAGCUACCGCCUGGCAAUGCAUGUGAUCACCAUCAACCUGGACGAACGCCCUACAAACUUGCAAGGCAGCCGCCCGGCUGGAACCAGGGAGAGAUGCCAAGCUGAUAAAAAGAGAAUGGGAGGUGGUAAGCGCUCAGCUCCCCAAAGCAAACCCACUGCCGUUGAGUCAAUGCCCACUCCUAGCGACCCUA